GAGAGAGAGCUACUGUCAAGUGAAUAUCCAAAAAAUCCAUUAUUAAAAAGACUCUCCAACAAUCCAGGAAAGGUGCUGCUGUGGAUAUUUUAGGAGUGUUUAACAAACUCUACCCAACCCACGGGAAUGUUUUACUGGAAUAAUUAGACUUUUCCGCCGUUUUUUCCCUGGGAUAUUUUUUCUUGUAGUGGAAUUCUUCCUAUUUCACCUGCACGAGGACAGCGACCGGCGGGGAAAGGAAAGGAAGGAAGGGAAGAAGGAAGGUGAUAGAAGAGGAGAAAAAGAGUAGAAGAAGAAGAAGAAGCAGGUUGAAAGGGGGAAGUGGGGGAUCAUUUCAGUUUUGUCUCGGAUGGGAUUCUUCCCUCACCCCGCGGAUGGAGGGAUGAAACCGGGAGGAAAAGACGGGGAGAGAGAGAAAGAGAGAGGAGGAGGAUGUAGUCGUCGGGCGCUGUGAGAAUGCAAAACGGACGCACCCCUCUGGAAGACAGGCUUGAACUAUAAACCCGUUCGGAAUUUACAGCCACCCAAAGGAUAUUACACACAUUUACCUCGAUAUUCUCUUCUCUGGAACCUAUCUGUGUGGAGUUACAACUAUCAUCAUCACUAUCCUUCACAUAAUGGGAUUUGGCAGCAUAAUUGCUCCCUGACACCCCGUGAAGGAACCGUAGCAUCCGGAAAGAGUGAGUGAAAGCACAGAAGAAGAUUUUGGACCUCUACCCUCAUCCAUGAUGUUAUAGCCGGGGUAACAUGUGAAUCCUGAAGCAGUGUUAUCCGCUUUUACAUCUCUGAAGGUGUCGUGUCCAGGUGGGGUGGUAACCAUGGAGAGGAUGUUGCUGUGUGUGAUGCUGGCAGUUGCCAUGGCUGUGCGGGCACAGAUCUGCCCAAAGCGCUGCGUGUGUCAGAUCCUGUCACCCAACCUGGCAACCCUCUGCGCCAAGAAAGGUCUACUGUUUGUACCGCCCAACAUUGAUAGGCAUACAGUGGAGCUACGGCUGGCUGACAACUUUGUCACAAGUGUGAAGAGGAAAGAUUUUGCAAACAUGACACGGCUGGUGGACCUUACAUUAUCCAGAAACACCAUCUCCUACAUCACACCUCAUGCCUUUGCCGAUCUGGAAAACCUCAGAGCUCUACACCUCAACAGCAACCGGCUCACGAGGAUAGGCAAUGAUACAUUCAGCGGGAUGUCGAAGCUUCACCACCUGAUUCUCAACAACAACCAGCUGGUGCUGAUUCACCAGGGAGCAUUCAAUGACCUGCUGGCACUUGAAGAAUUGGACCUCAGCUACAAUAACCUGGACUCUAUUCCUUGGGAGGCCAUCCAGAAAAUGAUCAGCCUCCAUACGUUGAGUUUAGACCACAACAUGUUGGACUUCAUUCCAGAGGGAACGUUUUCCCUGCUACAGAAACUGAACCGACUGGACGUUACCUCUAAUAAACUGCAAAAGCUGCCACCGGAUCCACUGUUUCAACGAGCACAGGUCCUGGCCACAUCAGGCAUCAUGACGUCCACUUCUUUUGCGCUGUCAUUUGGUGGGAACCCUCUACACUGUAACUGUGAGUUGCUGUGGUUGCGAAGGCUGAACAGAGAGGACGACCUGGAGACGUGCGCUUCACCCCAACACCUCUCUGGCCGAUACUUCUGGUCCAUCCCUGAGGAGGAGUUCCUCUGUGAACCCCCACUCAUCACCAGAUACUCCCAUGAGAUGAGGGUGCUGGAAGGGCAGAGAGUUACACUUAGGUGUAAGGCAAGGGGUGACCCAGAACCAGCCAUCCACUGGAUCUCUCCGGAGGGCAAACUGGUGUCCAACUCCUCCAGGACAUUGGUGUACAACAACGGGACUCUGGACGUCCUCAUCAGUACCGUGAAAGACACCGGCUCCUUCACCUGUAUCUCCUCCAAUCCUGCCGGUGAAGCCCACCAGACGGUAGACCUGGUUAUUAUUAAACUCCCCCACAUCUCCAACAACACCAACAACAUCCAGGAGCCUGACCCGGGAUCGUCGGACAUUUCCACGUCGACCCGAGGCGGAGCCAACGGGAGCAAUGUGACGGGGGACGUGAAGGGCGGGGUGGAUAAGAGGGUGGUGACGGCCGAGGCCACGUCAUCAACGGCGCUGAUCAAGUUCAACUUCCAGAGGAAUAUUCCAGGAAUCAGGAUGUUCCAGAUACAGUACAAUGGGAGCCAAGACGACUCACUAGUUUACAGAAUGAUCCCUCCAUCCAGCAAGAACUUCCUGGUCAACAACCUGGCAGCUGGGACCCCGUAUGACCUCUGCGUGCUGGCCAUCUAUGAUGAUGUCAUCACCUCUCUGACAGCAACACGUGUGGUCGGCUGUGUGCAGUUCACCACCGAGUCGGAGUACAUGAGGUGUCAUUUUAUGCAGUCUCAGUUCCUCGGCGGGACUAUGAUCAUCAUCAUCGGAGGGAUAAUAGUGGCCUCGGUGCUCGUUUUCAUCAUCAUCCUGAUGAUACGGUACAAGGUGUGUAACCCUGGUGAAGGGGGUAAAGGUGUUUCAUUGUCGAUGACCAACGUUCACUCACAGACCAACGGGCAGCAGUCACAGGGAUGCACCGUGACUCCCAGCUCCUCUAAACACGGCUCAAUCGGAUUAGACGACCUCUCAGGAGGCUCAAAGAAAAGGAGCGGGGCAGCAGCAGGAGGAGGAGGAGGGGGCAAGGAUACAAUGACUCAGUCGUCCGACUCAUCCCUGCCUGACUGCUCCACGACUACGUCAGUUCUCAGCCAGCCCUGGGCAGCCAGAAGCCCAACAGCUGGAGCCGAGGAACGGGAGAAAGCGGGUGAAGAGAGAGCUCAGGCUGGCGUCUCGUCACCCACCGGCGCCACCGGUUCACUAAGCAAGCCAAAGCGGAAGCCCGCUCCCAGUAAGCCAGGCUCGGCUUGCUCCAACACCUCGGCUCCUCCUGAAAACCUCCCCUCCCCGUCCCCUCGCCCUCCUUCCUCCUCCUUCUCCACCGCCUCCUCCGCUCUCCUCCCCUCUACCCCUCUGGAAAACCUCAACACCAACCGCAACAACUCCACCUCUCUCAACCAAACCCCGCCUCCCUUCGCCUACUCCCCUUUCUCCAGCCCCCUCGCCACCCCGAGCCCCGUCCCCUCCAUCCGAUUUCGAGAGACACCCAUCCUGCGCAGGGCUCCCCGCGCCUCCACCUCUGCCUCCGCCAAGUACCAGACUCUCCCUGUGGAGGAGGCAGGGAGGAGCAGGGCGAGGAGGAGGUACUCGCUCAGUGAAGGAGGCUCAAAGACUCACUCGACCCAUCAGGGACCCAAAAUAGGGCGCAUAAUGCGGAACAAAAGGAGCCAAUCAAUGAGCGGGAUGCUGCUCCCGAAAGACGGGGAUGGAGACUCGGACAAAGGGCGGUGCGAGUCGGACUGGAUCUUAGAAAGCACAGUUUGAACUGCAACAAGACAGCAACCAUAAAAUAAACUUUGGUUAACCAUUAUUGUUUAUCUUUUGUAUGAGUGUAUGUCUGGGGUUUUGUGUGUGUGUGUGUGUGUGUGUUAGUUUGAAUUUGUCUAGAGGUGGAUGUGCAUUUUCGGUGUGUACAGUAUGUGUGUGUUCAUGUUGGAACCUUUGUUUAUAGAUGUGUGAGAGAGUGAUUGUGUGUUUCUGGGUGAAAGUGUGAACAUUUUUCUUUUUCAGUUUUUUUUUUUAUUAUUUUCAUAUUUUUUCUCCAUUUUCUCAAUUCUUUGCAUUCCGUUUACAGUUUUUUUUUUUUUUCACUCUGAUGGUUUACGAUCUGUUUUUUCCAGUCGGUCAUUCAGCGAGUAGAUGACUCGCCAUGUCUCAUAGCGUCCACGAGUUGUCUCGGUGGUUCCACUUUAUAGCACAAAUAAAACAAGACAAUGGGCUCGCCA